CACUCACUCCUAGCCUAAGGAAUCUACAUACGAUUAACAAUAUAUGAUUUAUAACAUUAUCCUCAUAAAGAACAUUUUUAUACGAUCUAUUAACAAAAUAUGAUUUAUUAUAGCAUUAUUCAUUAAAAAAAAACUAUCAAUAUGAUUUAUUAUAACAUUAUCUUCAUAAAUAUAUAUAAAGAGCAUUAUCUUCAUAAAAUAAAUCUAUCAAUAUGAUUUAUUAUAACAUUAUCUUCAGAAAUAUAUAUAAAGAGCAUUAUCUUCAUAAAACAAAUCUAUCAAUAUGAUUUAUCGUAACAUUAUCUUCUUGAUUCUCUUAACAAACCGUUUUUGUAAUAGGAAACUGCAACGAUGAUAUAUAGGAUAAUCCUCUCAUUUUUUUUAGAAAAUUAAAAUAGCCCUUUAUAUAUAUAUACAACUCAAUAGGUUAUAGCCUCACUUCUGUAGAAUCAAACUUGAGAGCUAAACCCUUAAAACGAUGUCAAAUAACUAUGAAGAUGGGGGAGUUUACUAUGAUCCAGACGAAACCAUGUUCAAUAACGAUGAAGAUGGAGGAAUUUACUUUGAUCCUGAAGACCACGAACUCAUCAAAUAUCAUCUACUACCCAAGUUAGAAACGUAUCUACAACCCAAGUCGAAAGAUGAAGAGUGUGAAGACUUCAUCGUGAUGAAGAACGUUUACGAUAAGGAGCCAUGGUUGCUGGACCAUACCAAUCAUCCGUUGUUCAAGAAGAACGAGUGGUUUUAUUUCGUGACAAGGACUCAAGUGUCAGUGAAGAACAUUGGUCGUGGUAGGAACUCAAAGCGGAGGAUCGCCGGGGACAACGAUGGUGGGAGUUGGAAGCCUAACGCUAAAAAAUAUAUUGAGGACGAAGAGAGAAAGAAGACCAUAAUAGGGAAAAAGCAAACUCUAAAGUUCACUAAAAGCGACAACAAUAAGAGGCAGAAGAGAGGAGACGGUACUUCUGCUGCCGUUCCUGGGAGCACUAGUAGCUGGAUUAUGUACGAGUAUUCGCUACCGGACGAAAAUACGUUUCAAGAACUGGUCCUGUGCAAGAUUCGCAAGAUAAGUAAUUCUAAGGAUGAAGAAGUUGAAGCCGUGGAUGUGACACAUGACGCAGAAGAUGGGACUGGAGAGCUUGUUGAAAGAUUCGCAAGAACGGGAUUGGAUGAUCAACAAACAACGGAGAAAUAUGAUCAACAAGAGCCACCAAUGUACGCUCCUUCUCAAUCUAGUGAUCCUCCAGCUAGGCUUGGCAAUAAAUCUCUAUACCAAUAGAAGUGGAUGAUGAUGAAGAUGAAGAACAAGUGAUGAACCAAGAGCUUGAAAAACAUCUUUUCAAGUCCACCGAGAGCUUAGUUUUCAUGUACAAACACAAGAAGUGUAAACACUCUUAUUGAAAAUCUUCUUAAUGUUGUUCAAAGUUAUUCUUUAUUGUUUGUAAAAUAGUUUCAAUUAUGUGAUUAAAUUUUUUCCAUCAAACAAAGAUAAUCAAUUCAUACGUUUUGUGAAUAUUUGGGUAAUAAGUUAGAUGAUACAAUACACUGCAUGAAUUACUAGUAGGUCAAUGAUAUGACCUUUACAAUGCUACGUACUUUUAUUAUUCUGCAUGUUUUUAUAAUUGAAUUCCUAAUGCAGUGGUGUAAGAGAGUGUUUGCCCUUAAAAGAAGAAGCAAUUGGUCUACAUCUUCUCCUUAGUUGUUUGACUUCUACUUUUUCAUUGUAUUAGGUUGCCUUAAUAGCAUAUAUUCGCUUGAGUUUAGUUUAGUCAUUAGUGAAAAGCACCUUUUGCUAUGUAAUUUAAUAUCCAAAAUAUUAUUAAAUACAUAAUGCAGUGCUAUAAGAAGUACUUUGCCCGUAAAAGAAUAGUUGAUGUGGUGGUCUGGUCCUGAAAGAAAGUGGUCUAGACCUCAUCUGCCCACAAACACAAAUUACUAAACAGUGAUAUAAAUUAGUCAUAACAAUAUUGGUCAAGGAAACUGUGUAGACAAUCUUGACCAAGCUAUACCAAAGGGUUCAUAAACUGACUGAGUUGCUUGGAACGGAAGCUAGCGGUCCAGUCUAUACAGAGAAUUUAAUUAGUUUAAAACUAAAACUACCACAUUAUAAGACUGGAUCCUUUUUUUGUGAAAUAUUAAAACUCACACAACAUGUUUAGCUGCAGUAAAUGAUUUUCUAAAUAUCUGAUUUUUAGUUAUAAAUGUAUAUAUAUAUAUUGGAUAUCAAUAUUCUUUAAGAGCAAACCAAAUAAAAAUAUUAAACAAACAAAUCACAAAUACUGAAUGGUAUUUGCUCCACACCACCCUUAUUAUGUGUGUAUCAUGGUUGUUCGGAUCAGCUUCGUAUAAAAUAUACUAACAUGUCAAUACUCUCUCUUCCUUGUUAGUUUAUGUGGUUCGAACAGUAACAGAUCAACACUCUCACUUCCUUGUUAUAAAAUUCAAAUAAGACCUAUGAGAUCAAACCAAAAUAUCAAAACUCAAAAUACCAAAACUUAACUCGAACAUAGACCCGAACACUCACUCCUAGCCUAAGGAAUCUACAUACGAUUAACAAUAUAUGAUUUAUAACAUUAUCCUCAUAAAGAACAUUUUUAUACGAUCUAUUAACAAAAUAUGAUUUAUUAUAGCAUUAUUCAUUAAAAAAAAACUAUCAAUAUGAUUUAUUAUAACAUUAUCUUCAUAAAUAUAUAUAAAGAGCAUUAUCUUCAUAAAACAAAUCUAUCAAUAUGAUUUAUUAUAACAUUAUCUUCAGAAAUAUAUAUAAAGAGCAUUAUCUUCAUAAAACAAAUCUAUCAAUAUGAUUUAUCGUAACAUUAUCUUCUUGAUUCUCUUAACAAACCUUUUUUGUAAUAGGAAACUGCAACGAUGAUAUAUAGGAUAAUCCUCUGAUUUUUUUUAGAAAAUUAAAAUAGCCCUAGUAGUAUAUAUAUAUAUAUAUAUAUAUACAACUCAAUAGGUUAUAGCCUCACUUCUGUAGAAUCAAACUUGAGAGCUAAACCCUUAAAACGAUGUCAAAUAACUAUGAAGAUGGGGGAGUUUACUAUGAUCCAGACGAAACCAUGUUCAAUAACGAUGAAGAUGGAGGAAUUUACUUUGAUCCUGAAGACCACGAACUCAUCAAAUAUCAUCUACUACCCAAGUUAGAAACGUAUCUACAACCCAAGUCGAAAGAUGAAGAGUGUGAAGACUUCAUCGUGAUGAAGAACGUUUACGAUAAGGAGCCAUGGUUGCUGGACCAUACCAAUCAUCCGUUGUUCAAGAAGAACGAGUGGUUUUAUUUCGUGACAAGGACUCAAGUGUCAGUGAAGAACAUUGGUCGUGGUAGGAACUCAAAGCGGAGGAUCGCCGGGGACAACGAUGGUGGGAGUUGGAAGCCUAACGCUAAAAAAUAUAUUGAGGACGAAGAGAGAAAGAAGACCAUAAUAGGGAAAAAGCAAACUCUAAAGUUCACUAAAAGCGACAACAAUAAGAGGCAGAAGAGAGGAGACGGUACUUCUGCUGCCGUUCCUGGGAGCACUAGUAGCUGGAUUAUGUACGAGUAUUCGCUACCGGACGAAAAUACGUUUCAAGAACUGGUCCUGUGCAAGAUUCGCAAGAUAAGUAAUUCUAAGGAUGAAGAAGUUGAAGCCGUGGAUGUGACACAUGACGCAGAAGAUGGGACUGGAGAGCUUGUUGAAAGAUUCGCAAGAACGGGAUUGGAUGAUCAACAAACAACGGAGAAAUAUGAUCAACAAGAGCCACCAAUGUACGCUCCUUCUCAAUCUAGUGAUCCUCCAGCUAGGCUUGGCAAUAAAUCUCUAUACCAAUAGAAGUGGAUGAUGAUGAAGAUGAAGAACAAGUGAUGAACCAAGAGCUUGAAAAACAUAUUUUCAAGUCCACCGAGAGCUUAGUUUUCAUGUACAAACACAAGAAGUGUAAACACUCUUAUUGAAAAUCUUCUUAAUGUUGUUCAAAGUUAUUCUUUAUUGUUUGUAAAAUAGUUUCAAUUAUGUGAUUAAAUUUUUUCCAUCAAACAAAGAUAAUCAAUUCAUACGUUUUGUGAAUAUUUGGGUAAUAAGUUAGAUGAUACAAUACACUGCAUGAAUUACUAGUAGGUCAAUGAUAUGACCUUUACAAUGCUACGUACUUUUAUUAUUCUGCAUGUUUUUAUAAUUGAAAUCCUAAUGCAGUGGUGUAAGAGAGUGUUUGCCCUUAAAAGAAGAAGCAAUUGGUCUACUUUUUCUCCUUAGUUGUUUGACUUCUAUUUUUUCAUUGUAUUAGGUUGCCUUAAUAGCAUAUAUUCGCUUGAGUUUAGUUUAGUCAUUAGUGAAAAGCACCUUUUGCUAUGUAAUUUAAUAUCCAAAAUAUUAUUAAAUACAUAAUGCAGUGCUAUAAGAAGUACUUUGCCCGUAAAAGAAUAGUUGAUGUGGUGGUCUGGUCCUGAAAGAAAGUGGUCUAGACCUCAUCUGCCCACAAACACAAAUUACUAAACAGUGAUAUAAAUUAGUCAUAACAAUAUUGGUCAAGGAAACUGUGUAGACAAUCUUGACCAAGCUAUACCAAAGGGUUCAUAAACUGACUGAGUUGCUUGGAACGGAAGCUAGCGGUCCAGUCUAUACAGAGAAUUUAAUUAGUUUAAAACUAAAACUACCACAUUAUAAGACUGGAUCCUUUUUUGUGAAAUAUUAAAACUCACACAACAUGUUUAGCUGCAUUCUUAACAUUUCAUUCUUAACUUUUUUCACAAAAAAAAAUGUUUAGCUGCAUCCAUGCAUAAUUCACGUUUUAAGUCACUAUCCUUUGUGUCCCAUUCUCCACCUCGUUCCACCAUAGUGAGAGUAAGAGAUUUGAAACUCUAUUUCAGCAUUUCUCAAAUAAAAUUUUGGGAGUAUACGUAGUGCUUGUCAACAAACUUUUUUUUAACGAUGGAUUUUAUUGUUCGAAAGGAAAUAAGCCCCCACCAGACACCAGUUCCAAAAACAGAGAUCAAAAUAAAAACAUAUUGAGAGACAAAUAGUUAUUAAAGUUUUAAAUACAUGUGGUUUUCUUUUGCAAAAUAUAUUUAUGGAGGCCAGCAUUUUAAUAUUUUGCUUAGCAAUUAAUGAAAUUGGCUUAGCCGAUCGAGGUUAACUGUGUGAGAAAAGGACAAUUACAACUGUACCACCUUUUUUAAUUAGAUCAUCUUGAAUUUGGGUGUAAUGAAAUAGAGAGACAUAUGUCGACAGGAAGAUGUAUACUUUGGUCUCUCAUUUACAUGAACACAUCUUAUUAAAACUUUUAGACCCAUAUUUUUUUUUGCUUCUUAAAAACCUCCUCCGUUUGUUCCAAGUUUUGAUCUGAUGGGACAUGCGCAUGUGGUAUUCUUCUCGACUUGGAGUAAAGGAAUUUAAUACAUUCCCAACCAAGUCUCUUAAACACACAACCGUACGUAGAUAUAUUGACAGGGGAGGAGGUAAAUGGGAAGGAGUGGAUCCUCCGUUUUUUAAUAUAAGUCGUUUUAAAAAAAAAUUCUAAAUUAUAUGAUUUUUUCGAUUUUUUAUAUAAAAUUUAUUAACAGUUUAUAUGACCAAUGAUAAUAUACAUUUUAUUUUAUUAUUGAUUGAUUUGUAGUUAGGUAAAUAAUUAAUGAUAUUUUUGUUUAAAAAAUAUAAAAAAUUAAUGAUUUUUUUAGUUUGUGUGCACAAUUCUAAAACGACUUAUAUUAAAAACGGAGAAAGUAUUAAAUUUACUUCUAUUAAUUUUUUUUUGAUUCCAAUACCAAAUAUUUCCGGCUCCGCCACUAUAUAUUGACUACUUGGACGUCUGUCAUCAACUUAGAUCAUAAUUUUGUUAAUAGCGAUUGUUGUGUGCUAUAACAUGAAUAAUAUGGAAGUAUCUAAAGUUAUCUUACUACGAAGACGACAUAAAAAGCUAACACCCACCCUUAAUAUAUGACGCCAACAUAAAUUUUGGCGGUCGACUGGAAUCAUGUCUUUGUUUUCUUCCCAACUAACAACCAUCCUAAAUUAAUUUCGCUAGGUUACGGUGUCACAACCACCAAUAAAUACAUAACUAUGGGAACAGAAAGGAAAACAUAAUAGCUACCAAAAAUAGAUCAACGUUGAUUAUCAGAAUUCAGACACACACAAGAGAGAUCAUUAGUGAAAAGGAUUAAAAGAGUUUAAUAUGAGACGAUAUACUGACAAAUCAAUAUUGUAAAAAAUGAAAUCAAACACAAGUACGUAAAAUUUUCAACUAAACUGAAUUACCACCUCUAAAUAAAACUAUUUUUUUUCAGUUUCAAAAAAAAAAAAAAAAAAAAAACUAUUUUUUGUAAGAAAAUAAUUAUAUGAAGCAAUCUACUACAUUGUUCACAAUAGUAUGGUUUAAUAGAUAAGAAAGCUGUAUAUGAACUGUGAGAGAAAACAAAACUGAUGUCCUAACACUAACACUCGUGAAAAAUACAUAAAUCAUAAACCUAGUAUAUUCCUCCUCCUACCACUAACACCCGUGAACCUCAAGAAGAAUCCAGAAAACAAUCAAGAAAAGUAUACAACCCUAGAUAUUAUUGUUCACAAUAGUAUAUUUUAAUAAGAUAAGAAAGGUGUAUAUGAACACUGAGAGAAAACAAAUUGGUGUCCUACAUUAGUAAAUUGAUAUCUUCAGCUUUCACCAUUUAAUCAUAUUAACCAGAAAAUACAAAAAUCAUAAAUCAAAACAAAUAGAAAAUAUUCCUCCUCCUCACACUAACACCCGUGAACCUCAAGAACAAUCCAAAACACAAUCAAGAAAAGUACAAAUC